AUGGCUUACUCUUAUCCCCACUCAAGGUCCUCUCGCGAUCCGCGACAGUCAUCCUGGCACUUCCGACGAGAUACGACUUUGGAUGGACUUCCCCCAGAUCGCGAUAUCAAGGACGGCUUGAACAAGUCUAAUCCUGUCGACACUUUGUCCAUCCAUUCUGCCAUCAAUCAGAGAUCAACUACAACUUCAUCCACGGAUUUAGAACACCUCGAAUAUAUAGGAUCUUACAACUGGACAAAUGCAUCUGACGCUGCCGAGAUCAUAGUUCCAGGCUCAGCACCAGAGUGGACUGAUCGCUCGCUCCCUAUCAAGCUGAGUCCGGACAGGGGUGUGCGUUUCUCGCAUCAGAAUGGCUUCAAAAGCCCUUCGUCUAUCCUGUUGCCACUAUUUAAAUCGGUAGACGUGCUCAACAAGGAGGUCGAUUGGCCAUCCGUCGAUUUUGUUACUGACCGGAGCGGGCUACGAAAGAUCAUGAGGUGGGUCAGUGCGGGUGACGUCUGGGAUUUCAGGAUCGAUAUGGAGCUUGCCGGGAAGCAGACCGUUUUGUUCAAUAGGUGGGAUGCCCGAACGAGGGAAAUUAUGCCAGGGUAUACAUAUGGGUUUAAUUUCGAGAAGGCCAUGACUGUCGCUGUUCCUGGGUGCGAGAAGGGCACCGGCCACCAUCGGAUAGUCAAAUAUGCACGUGCUCACGACUUCUGUGGCUUGAAGUUGGUGGUCCGAUUUGAGGUCGAUGCAUGCCUCCCAUCUGCAACUCCGAAGAGAAGCGCUUUUCCAGUAAAGCAAUCCUCAAAUCCAGAUGACUUGGCCGACAUCUUGGCUGGCAUCAAUAUCACACCUCAAGAUCCCGCAACAGGUUCAUCCUCCCAACUUCGCAUCCUCCGCGCAGGCGUCGAACAGCCGCAAGCAUCCAUCAUCGAACUCACCACGCGCUCCGAGAAUAGGAUUAACCAGCUUGUUUGGACCGAAAUAUUUCCACAGCUCUAUUUGUCGCAAACACUGCAUUUCUAUGUCGGCAUCCACUCUCGGGGGAGGUUCUAUGAAAUCCGAAAGCAGAGAUUGGAUAGCUUGGAGAUGGUCUCGCAAAGGGAACAGGCCGAAACAAGUUUUAAAAAGCUGGGGAUGGCAUUACGAAUGAUUCAAAAACUCGUCAUCAAGCAUGGACAAGCAGCAAGACUGAGCCUAGUGUGUGAGAGGGGGAAGCUGAUGGUCUACGAACGCGUUAGCACGCAGAGCUGUCUACCGGCGGAGGUGAUGCGGCGGUUUGAGAAGUAA